AUGUUUUUUCGCAAGAGCAACUCCUCGCACGAGGGUGAGAGCGUUGAGCUGCAGAAGGAGCGCAAGUUGAACGAGCUUAGGGCUUCUUUGGGGCCAUUGUCUGGUCGUAGCUUGCAAUACUGCACUGAUGCGUGUUUGAAGAGGUAUCUUGAAGCUCGAAACUGGAAUGUUGAUAAGUCGAAAAAGAUGCUGGAGGAGACAUUAAGAUGGAGGUCGAGUUUUAAGCCUGAGGAAAUCCGUUGGCAUGAAGUUGCGAGUGAGGGCGAAACUGGGAAAGUUUACAGAGCAAACUUUCACGACCGUCAAGGAAGGUCUGUUCUAAUAUUAAGACCAGGAAUGCAGAACACGACAUCACUGGAUAACCAGAUGAAGCACCUGGUGUACCUGAUCGAGAAUGCCAUACUUAAUCUUCCGGAAGGUCAAGAACAGAUGUCGUGGCUGAUAGACUUCACGGGAUGGUCCAUUAGCAACAAUGUCCCCAUCAAAUCUGCAAGAGACACCGUUAAUAUUCUCCAAAAUCACUACCCUGAGAGAUUAGCCAUCGCAUUUUUGUACAACCCCCCGCGCAUAUUCGAAGCAUUUUGGAAGGUUGUGAAGUACUUUUUGGACCCUAAAACCUUCCAAAAGGUGAAAUUCGUGUACCCAAAGAAGGAAGACAGUGUGGAGCUCAUGAAGUUGUAUUUCGACGUGGAUAAUCUCCCAACCGAGUUUGGAGGCAAGGCCACACUGCAGUAUGACCAUGUCGAGUUCUCUAGGCAGAUGGCACUAGACGAUGUGAAAUCCGCCAAGCUAUGGGGCUUGGACAAGCACCCGCCCAAUGGUCUUGUUGGGCCAGAGGUUGCACCCGAGCCCGAGCCACUUGCUGCGUCUGUUGGUUGA